UCGGGCCCGGUCCGAUCAGCUCUAAUGUCUUCUUUUACUCUCUUCCAUUUCUCCUAUUACCUGCAUUCCUCGUUGCCAAGCGUUUACCCGAAAACCAGUUCUCUCUCUUCUCUCUUUGGUCUCUAGCCCCGGAGUUUCACCAACUUUACUUUCAAUCAAGGAUGGCAGAGCAAGAGCCUUCAUUUUUCCCCAGGGAGAAGCUUCUUGAGAGGCAGAAGUUUUUCCAAAGCAUCCACAAGCAUACAUAUCUAAAGGGACCUCUCGACAAGGUCACCUCGGUUGCCAUUCCUGCCGCUCUAGCUGCAACAUCACUCUUCCUGAUUGGUAGAGGGAUCUAUAACAUGUCUCAUGGAAUUGGGAAGAAAGAAUGACGGAACAAGAUUGCUUAUUAGCAGUUAAUACUUAAUAUGAUUGGAUAUGACUUGACAAUAAUGUUGAAGUAUGCUUUGAACUUGUAAUUUUGUUUCUAUUUCAAAGUUCAGUGGCUUCCCUUUUUGAUGGUAACAUGUAACACCAGUUUUAUUACUGUUGGAUUUUCUUUGAUCCGCUCCCUUGGUUUUGAAAGACAAUGCUUUUGCUCUA